AUGGCCAGGAUCACUCUCUUUCACACCAAAGGUGAAGUGAGGACCAUCCAAUAUGCAGCGUCCGUUUCACCACCUGUGUUCAAAGUCGAAUGCGUCGUGUGUAACUCGCGACUUUGCCAUGGCCCUCUCACGCUACGUCACGCCCUAGCCUUACUCUCAGCGCAUUACGGUUUAGAAAACGUGGAUGCUACUAGGCGAGAGUAUCAACAGCGUCUAUUGCUACAGGAAGCGUCCAAAGCAAUGGUAGAGGCUAAUGUACCAUCAUUAAACUGUGUAUAUUCAUCUACUCCCUUGGCUCUCCCAACCCUCUUCCUUGCCGCAAAGGUCUCGCAUGAAAUCUUGCUAGCCAGAGAAAUUCCGAUGCAUAAUCCGCUACACUUCCGGUUUGUUCAAGGCGCUGAAAUUUGA